AUGACUUUCACGCUUUACGAUGCGACUAUCGUCGAGGCCAAACUGGCUCUGGCAUCACUGGAUCAUAUUCUCACUGAAGCGGAGAAGCAUAGCAAUGCAGCCAGCUUCCCAGAUGCGCGACUCCAUGAAGACAUGAACCCGUUGAGCUUCCAGGUCCAUGCAGCUACUCGAUUCGCUGAGAAAUUAGUCGCCCGGCUUUCUGGAAGGGAGUCUGUCGAGUUUGAAGACAAACUCGUCACAUUUCAGGAUAUGCACUCGCGUAUUCAAAAGGCCCAAGAGUUGCUCGGGAAGGCUGAUAAAGACAUUGUGAAUCAGCAGGGAGAGGAGAUUGCCCCGACAGCGUUGCCAUCGGCGGGGACAAUGGAUCUGCCCGGGAAAGCAUUUGCCAUGGGAGCUGCUGUCCCUAAUAUCAACUUCCACCUGUCAAUGGCUUAUGCUAUUCUGAGGAAGGAGGGUGUGCCUUUGGGAAAGAAGGACUUCAUCAUGCCUUUUGUAGGCGAGUAUAUUGUCAAGAUGCAAUAG